UGAUGCAGCACAUGGAGUAACAGGCUUUAUAGAUUUCUGUCAGGAUGACAGACGACUUCAGGCAGUGCAGGUGAACUGCAGUGUGAAAAGUAACAUAAGACAAACAACCUGCGCUGUGCUGUUGCAGCUCAGCCACGCUGUCUCAGUGUGUGAACUGCAGCGCGCCGGAGUCUCUGCACUGCAGCAAGCUGGAGACAAACAAAUACAAGCGAGAAUCACAGGAGAGGUUGAAAGAGUCGGUCGAGAUGUAUGUGGGGAUAUGGAGCCCUCCAGUGGCGGGUUUGUGAGGUGCACAUCUACAUCCUCCCUGGAUGAUAUCUGUCAGGCAAACAAACACUCUGAGCUUACUUGCUCCCUCGUAGAGCCAGACUCCAACCCAGCUGCACAGCCUAAGACAGAAUCCUGCAGCAGUGAAGCGCCUCGCUUUUGUGACUGCACCGCUUUCUGUAAUUCUGCAAGCCAGUUUUUCGCCAUAAGAAUCAACAUCAACAGUGUUUCUGUUGAUAUUAACAUCCUAAAAGGAUUGUUGUCUGAACUUAAUGCAAUCAGAACGUGUUUCGCAAUGUCAGGGUCAGAGUGUCGAGAUAUUUUAAAGCACUACAAGCGAGCUCAUCUGGAGUGCCAUGGGACACAACAGAGGUUGUACAGCUGCAUGGUCAUACUGGAGAUGUCUGGACCGGUUAAUGGUUGCUCCCUGAAUAAACUCCUGCAACAAGUCAUCACCAGCAGGAGUGGCAUUACAAACGAAAGGCCCCUUACACGCAUGGUGGUGUGUGGCGCCCCUGGUUUGGCUCUCCGUACUCUGUUGGCAUCCAACCUGACCUGGGUUGCCAGUGAUCUGCUGACCUCUGAUGUGUGCCAGCCUGAUCCCACUCUGCUUAAAUGUGAGGUCAAUGAGAGCCUUGCUGUACUUCUGACUGACACCUGCCCUCCGGAGCCUUCCACAACCAUGCAAAGCACUAGGCAGCCUUCGACUCUGACCAACAGCAACAUCACUACAACUCCUGAAGCCUUAACACCAUCCGUGACCAACACCACUGAAGAGACGUACACAACAGCUGAAAAUACUGCCACAGUUCAACAGACGAAUGCAUCACAAGAAACAGCUCAGCCUAACAUGACAACUCCACUCAUAACUGUUGACAGUACACAGUCCUCGACAACACAGCCUGUCCUCCAAACCAGCUCACAAAACAUGACUGUGACUGUCUCUGACAGUACAACAGCACAAAACACAACUCUGUCUGAUAACACAACAUUGCUGACACCCAGAGGAAAUACAAAACUGCAGAACACGACCACAGCACCCCAAAACACAACGGAAUUCAUAACAUUAUCCCCUGUCAACUCAACAUUACAAAUGACUACAGCUGCUCCCAUUGAUUCCACACUUAACACAACUGCACUGUCUCCAAAUUACACAACAGUUGAAACAGUUUCACCUUCACACAAUCACACAACAGUCCACAAUGUAAACAAUGUAACUACAGUUACACCUUCAAACAAUAAUACAAUGGUGAACAAUGUAACUACAGUUUCACCUUCAAACAAUCACACAACAGCCCACAAUGUAACUACAGUUCCACCUUCAGACAAUCACACUGUGGUGAACAAUGUAACUACAGUUUCACCUUCAAACAAUCACACAACAGCGCACAAUGUAACUACAAUUACACCUUCAACCAAUCACACAACAGCGCACAAUGUAACUACAAUUACACCCUCAACCAAUCACACAACAGCGCACAAUGUAACUACAGUUCCACCCUCAGACAAUCACACUGUGGUGAACAAUGUAACUACAGUUUCACCUUCAAACAAUCACACAACAGUGCACAAUGUAACUGCCAACAAUCACACAACAGCCUCAAACAUUUACACAACAGAGUACAAUGUAACUACAGCAAACAACAACAGGAUGCUACGCAAUGGUUCAGUUACAAUUAAUACAACAGUUGGCACAGUUACACCUUCCCCCAAUCACACAGAAGUGUACAAUGUUACUACAGCAGCAAACAAUUUCACAACAGUGGACAAUGUUACUACAGCUGACAGGAACAGGAACUUAAACAAUGGCACAAUUACAACAAAUAACGCAACAAUAAGCACAUUUACACCUUCUCCCAAUCACACACUGGUGGACAAUGUAACUGCAGUCUCUAACAAUCACACAAAUAAUAUAACCACUACGACUGUACAUCAAAACAAAACAGCCACAGACAAUGUAACCGCUGCACCCACCAGGGAAACACAGCAGAACACAACUGUUCCUUAUAAAAACAUGACAUCUACCACUGCUAGACAAGUUAAUGUAACACUUAACAACGCAACGACAUCCACAAAAAACACAACUGUGGACAAUGUGACGCCUGUUGUCAACAACACCACUGAACCCACAGUAACUCCACUGAACAACCAGACUGGAAAUCACACCACAGUGGGAGUGACUCACAACAUCACAACAGCCAAUGGCAAUGACAACUUCACCACAGCUACCACAGUCGUCAGUGCCACCAGCAAUCUCAAUCAAACUACAGGAAUCAGCUUCAACCUGAGCACAACUACAAGCAGUUCAACCACAAACGUUAACCUGACAACCAAAGGACCAGGAGUCAAUUUAACAACUACAACAGCUAAUGUUAAUGCUACUUCUCCAACCACUUCUACAACUAUGCAUGGUACAACUUCGGCCCAGAUUAACACCACUACUCUACUCACCACUAUUGCAAAGCCCUCCUUGAAUUCUUCUACAACUACUCUUCAAACCACCACCACAGACACAACCACAACAAAAUCUGGUACUGAAACUACCCCCACAACCACUAUAGAGACAACUACAAGCCAAGGGGCACAGGAGGAACAAGCAGAUGAGCUACUGAGUCAAACACAGGAUGCAUCUCAGUUCAACUCCUCUCAGGUGGCACAGGUGGUGGGGAACUUAGAGAAGCUUCUGGAUGGCCCCACUGUCUCUCAGUCAGUGGGACAAAAGGCCGCCACUGUAAUCAGCAACCUGCUGGAGGGUGACUCGCUUGCCCUCUCUGCAUCUGCUAAAAGGCUGAUUCAUCUGGUAGAUGACCUCGGUCUCAAGCUGGUUGUCACUGGCGACAGAGCGGUCCUCUCUGCAGGCUCGCUGGUCCUGGCAGUGAGGACAGUUGAUGGGACCAACUUUCCAACAACAUCUGUUGAUAUUUUCAACACUGAUAAUAUCCAGCUCCGUGCGCUUGGCAGAUCUCGGUCAAAGCGGUCAGGGUCUGCUCUGGGGUCUGUGGUCUUGCCCUCCUCCCUCACCACAGGUCUCAGUCCUGAGCAGCAGAGGCAGGCUAGCAGGGUCCAGUUCACCUUCUACACCAAAUCUGCCUUCUUCCAGGAUGCAGCAUUAGAUAACCAAACCAUUGUCAGUCCAGUCCUGGCCGCCAGCGUGGCCAAUCUGUCAAUAAGCAACCUGAAAGAGAACAUUCAGUUUACCAUCCGAAGCAUCAACCCCACAGAUGCAAACGCCACCUGUGCAUUUUGGGACUUCACUCAGAAUGGUGGUAACGGAGGCUGGAGCUCUGCCGGCUGCUUUGUUGUCAAUGCCACACAAGAGGAAACAACCUGCAGCUGCAACCAUCUCACAUCCUUCGCAAUUCUGCUGGAUUUGUCCAGAGGGGGAAUAAUUGACCGUCAGCAUGCACAGAUUCUUACAUUCAUCACCUACAUUGGCUGUGGAAUCUCUGCCAUUUUCCUGGCUGUCACCUUAUUGACAUACCUGGCAUUUCCAAAACUGCUGCGGGAUAUUCCUGCCAAGAUCCUGGUUCAGCUCUGCGUGUCCCUCCUCUUCCUCAACUUGGUCUUCUUGCUGGACGGCUGGCUGGCGCUCUACCCAGCAGUCGGGCUGUGCAUUAGCACCGCCUUCUUCCUGCACUACUUCCUGCUGACAUCAUUCACCUGGGCGGGGCUCGAGGCCCUGCACAUGUACCUGAGCAUUGUCCAGGUGUUCACUCCGUACCUCAGUAGAUACAUGCUCAAGUUCUCACUGGUAGGCUGGGGCAUUCCUCUUAUCAUCGUGAUCAUUGUAAUAGCAGUGGACAAAGACAACUAUGGUGUGGUCACAUAUGGAAGAUACACAGAUGGCACUUCAGAUGACUUCUGUUGGCUGCGCAAUGACAUUGCCUUCUAUGUGGGCGUGGUGGCCUAUUUUCUCCUGAUUUUUGCUCUGUGCCUGGUGGUCUUCAUCAUCGUCAUGGUCCAGCUGUCCCGGAUCAAGAAGCAGAACCCCCAAAACCAGCCUCCAAACAGGAGUGUGAUGACAGAUCUACGCAGCAUCGCCGGCCUCAUCAUCCUGCUCGGCCUCACCUGGGGGUUCGCCCUGUUCGCCUGGGGACCCCUCUACAUACCUUUUGUUUACCUUUUCUCUAUAUUCAACUCUCUGCAAGGAUUCCUUGUCUUUGUUUUCCACUGUGCUGUGAAGGAGAAUGUCCGCAGGCAGUGGAGAACUUAUCUUUGCUGUGGGAGGCUGCGAUUGGCUGAGAACUCAGAAUGGAGUCGGACGGCCACCCAGAACAACAGGAAUCUGUCGGUUACCACAGCAACCACCUCAGCACCCCACUUCACCUCGCGAAGCGCCUCCGUCAUCAGCGAUGCCACCAAUAGUAGUGGUUCUGUGUUUGCGGACAGCGGAAUAUCUGACGGCUCCAACAGUGACACUGUCCUCAACGAUAUUCACAGACGAAAUCUGUCACUGUAAGGCGAGGCCUGACAGCUGUGUCAAGCAUCUACUUGUGAUUACAAUAAUUAUGUGCUCUGAGAGAGCGGCGGGGACACGGCCAGAGAUUAGUGAUCUCCUGCGGCUCGAGUAAACAAAAAAUGUAAUCACAGGAGUGGAUGCUCACAGAAACCCUCAGUGUUAGACAAGAUGAAGGUUUUGCAGGCGUAAUUAAGGGUGGAAGGCGUGAGACUGAAGUACCUUUAGCGAGGAUGAUUAUUGCUUGAAUGCAACAAGUGUGACUUGAUGCCUUUUCUGCAUUAACAGUAGAAUAUAUCAGUACAGAAAUAAUGUAACAGACUUGUAAGCAGCGGGAGGUGUACAGGUGUAUUUCUGACUGAAAAACUGAAUUAUUUCACUGUUACAGUUGUGACUCAGUGUUUGCACAGCUUGUUUCAAAGCUCUUAGUUAUUACUGUAAACCUCAGAUAUGAUGGUAACAUUACUUUGACUCUGCAAGAAGAAUUAUGUUAAAGAUACAAAACUGCAUUUAAUUAGUGGACAUGCUGUCAACGUAGAGAUUAUUGUUAAACUAUUGUGCUUUCUUUUGAUAAAAUUCUUUUAAAUACAAAUGUAAAUAGGAAAAAUGAAGAUAUUUCCAGUGUGUUUAAAAUGCUCCACUGACUGCUGCCUCUGUAUAUUCAUGAGAGAGUCCAAUUCCCAAUGCACUCUGGGAGGGAUUCUGUACUUUAGUGGAGACAAGGUGGAUUGAAGGAAAAAGUGCAGACGCCAAAAACAUGGAAUUAAUUUAUUAGAAAAUGAUUAUAAAUACAUCUAUACGAGCAUUUUUAGGGUAAGAUAUUGUUGUUUUUGCUACAGUACAGUGUUGAUGUUAGACCAGAGAUUCUUCAUGUAUUAGAGAUUAUUUUGUUAAGCAUUAAAGACAUGAAGUAUGGUGAUGCAGUGUUCUGGAGCAUGAUCAUGCCCUUGUGCGAGAACAUGAAAACACCA